AGAAAUAUCUACUCUCUGGAACUCCCAAAGCCAUUUAACAUACACAAGAAAAAAUGGUACAUAUAAUCUGGGAAAAAUAAAGGGAAAUUGCAAAGGGAAGAAAAAGAGAAGAAAAAACCAUGGAAAUAUCUCCAACUUCUUUUCUUUCAACCACCAAUCGUCCCUUAACGCUGCUGCAUUCACCUUCUUCAUCUUCAUCAACCAAAAUUACGGUAUUAUUUCCUUCUAAAUCAUUUGGGAGAGACCAAUACAACUACCAAUACAAUCUGCAGCUGGAAGCUAAUCUGCUUUGGGAACACAAAACCGCGUCGUAUCGAUAUUCUUCUUUCAGGGGAAGAUUUACUGAAGAAGAUGAAGAUGAAGAAGAAGAAGAAUGCAGUUUCGAUGAAGCGGUGGAGCUGUUCAACAGAAAGGAAUACUACAAAUGCCACGAUGUUCUGGAAGCCAUUUGGAAUAAGUCCCAAGAACCCGCCCGAACUCUCGUGCACGGCAUCUUACAGUGCGCCGUUGGUUUUUAUCAUCUCUUUAAUCAGAAUCAUAAAGGAGCUAUGAUGGAGUUGGGAGAAGGGCUGUGCAAGCUGAGAAAAAUGAACUUUGAGACUGGACCUUUCCAUCAAUUUGAGGAAGAGAUCUCUGCUGUACUGGAUUUCAUUCACCAAACUCAAUUGGAGCUUGCUGCUUGUACAAAAGAAUUUUGCCUUACAAUGGAUCAAUCAGAGAGGUCUUACCAGCUGCUAGGUGGUUAUGCUGCAGGUCAGCCAAUUUAUCGAGUUGACAAAAAAGAAGAUAACUUGACCUACAUUUUCUUCUUCCCGGAGGGUUCGUAUGACACAAUUGAAAAUUUUUCUCGAUGUAUAGAAUUACCAAUUCUUAAGGCUUCUGAAGAUCAUUUAGUUGAAUUUCAAUCCAAAAACUAGUAAUCAAUAUCUGUACUUUAAUUAAUAAUCAAGCUGUAUGCAUUUUGAUAUUUUUUUUCUUUCCG